UUGUUACCUCAAAAACAAUGGAAAAGGAACUCCAUCAAGAAUAACAGUUCUUUCGGGUGUUAUGUCAGGAUUUUCUUUAAGGAAUUGUGAGUUCAAUAACAUAGGAUGUGUUCAUGAGCUGGCUGUGAACAUUGAUUUUCCUGGAAACGAUAUUGAGUCUGUUCUUACCCCAGAUGUUAACUACUGCCAAAAAUUGUGUACUGAACAUAAAAAUUGUCAGUUUUUCACCUAUUUGACAAGGGAUUGGAACACUGACCAACGAAGAUUUUAUUGUUAUCUUAAACAAAACAUGGAAGGGGAACCAUCUAUUAAAACAGAGUUACAAAAUGUUGUCUCAGGCUACUCCCUGAAAAAGUGCAAGACCUAUAACUCUUGUUUUAAAGACCUGUUUGUUGGCCUGGAUUUCCGAGGAGAUGACUUCCGUCAGUUUGUAGUAGACGACGAAUAUAGCUGCCAAAGAGAAUGUACAGAGAAACCUGACUGCCAGUACUUCACCUUUGCAAACGGGUUAUUUCGCAACGCUCGGCAGCGUUACAUUUGCUACCUCAAAAAGAGUGAACGAGGAACACCAUCAAAGAUAACAACUCUUGAGAAUGUUGUAUCUGGAUUUCUAUUAAGGGAAUGUGAGUUCGAUAAGUCAGUUUCAGAAUGUAGAAUAGAUCUUUCCGAAGACAUAGAUUUUCCUGGAAAUGAUAUCACCUGGGUCCUUGCACCUGAUGCAAAUGUCUGUCAACAGCUGUGCACUGAUCAUCCCCAAUGCUUAUUCUUCACAUUUGUGAAGAGAGAAUGGAGCGUAGACCACAGAAGGUAUUAUGGAAGCUGUAUAGGUUUUGUAAUGUAUUUUGUUACGAGAAUACACAUAAAAUUAAGAUGUUUGCUGGCCUGGGCUAGCAUCAGUGGCAUCAGCAGUUGGUCUGCCACCUGCCCUCAGGGGAAGGAGAGAUAAGGAACAAUGGAGCAGCGUCUGGAGAUGUGUAAUGAAGGGAUGUGGGAGGAAGAGCUGUCUGGAGCGGCUCCCCCCCUUUGAACCCUGAACUGUUUGAAGUGAUGGACAGGCGAUACCCCAGCAGGGGGAUAAAAAGGGACAGGU